AUGAACAAAGAAGAUGAAGAUUCAGGUAUACAUGUGGCUGGUGUUUUUCUUGGGUUUCCUGAAAAUGUUCCGGCUCCAUUGCCUCUAGAACCUCUGGGAAAAAUGAAGAAGAUGGCACUUUCAUUGUAUCCCCAGUCUGAAAUCCUCCAAAAAGUUUUGGAUUAUGUGAAUGAAGUGCAUACUUUGACCAGUGUCCUAAGCUUGGAUUUUGGCAAAACAGUGAGUGAUGUCCAUCCAAGCUUGCAUGGAUCAUGCAUGGAACUUGUGACAAAUAUCAGUAACAGCAUAUUAGAGGGGCUUGAUCAGGCUAUCCUGGGGUUGAAAACAGAAAGAAAAUUUCGUCUACAAAAGCUUAAAGAUGUAGCUGGAUCUUUGAGCCGUAAAGACAUAAUCGAUAAGAUAGACAGGUGGCUUUCUGCCUGUGAUGAGGAAAAGUGGCUUGAAGAUUAUAAUCAAGAUGAUAACCGUUACAGUGCUGGAAGGGGCGCACACAUAAAUCUAAAGCGUGCAGAGCGAGCCAGAAUUAUGGUUAAUAAGAUUCCAGUUAUGGUUGACAAUCUAAUUAGCAAGACGCUAGCAUGGGAGGAUGAGAAACAGAAACUAUUUCUUGGGGCGCGGUUGAUAUCAAUACUGGAGGAUUACAAACAUGCUAGACAACAUAAGGAAGAGGAGAAGAAGCGAGCUCGGGCUGACACUAGAUCGAAAGGUUGCGAUUGGAAGUCGACAUACUUGAGGGAAAUGGCUUGCCGUAUAACACCUAACGCUAUUGAAGACGAUCUCAAGUUCUCAACACAAGAGCUUUUCCUGAUUGACGCACCAGCAUACGAUGAACACUAUGAACAAAUGGACUAAAAUUACUGCAUGAUAGCUCAAAGAUGUAGCACCCCAAGAGCUUUUUCAUCGUUAGUUCUCCGUUGAGUUUUGAGUUACAAUCGGAAGCGUGCAAUGGAUAGCUCAAGCUAUUCCAAUGGUCAGCGAAACGAUGUAAAAUUCUAUUGCAUUAAUACAUGUAGAUCGAUUAUUGAGCAAGAAGUU